UCAACAUGAAUCAACAGAAAAGCAGUUUCGCGACAUCAGAGGCAGGUAGAACAUUUUGUUGCGCUUCCGAGCGUCGGAGGGAAAUCAUUCCGGAAAGCAGUAAGAAGAAGGAUACCGUGACAGUGUUUCGGAGAGAUCUCACAAUUGAAUUGUGAUUAAGACUUUUUAUACGAAAAAUGGGACUGCUCUUCGCCAAACUCAUGACAGUAUUCGGGGAUAGAGACCACAAGGUGAUCAUUGUGGGUUUGGAUAAUGCUGGGAAGACUACCAUCCUGUACCAGUUCUUAACUAAAGAAGCUGUACAUACCACUCCUACUAUUGGCAGCAACGUGGAGGAAAUUUCUGUCAAAAAAACACGCUUCCUCGUUUGGGACAUUGGGGGUCAGGAAGCCCUCCGAGCCAGCUGGAGCACCUAUUUCUGCAAUACAGAGAUUGUGAUUCUGGUGGUAGAUAGUACAGAUCGGGAGCGUUUGACCCUUACAAAAGAUGAGCUACAUGCGAUGCUUGCACAUGAGGAUCUGCAGAAUGCUUCAGUGCUGGUGUUAGCCAAUAAGCAGGAUAUGAAAAACAGCAUGACAGCCGCAGAGAUUUCCCAGAGUCUUACCCUCAGUUCUCUCACAGAUCAUUCCUGGCAUGUCCAGGCCUGCUGUGCUCUUACUGGAGAGGGUUUACCAGCAAGUCUGGACUGGAUGCGUUCCCGGGUUGUAGCAAACUAGCCUUGCAUUGGUGCAUGGUAACUCUGCACAGCCAGAGUUUGUGUCCCAUAUGUGCCUACAGUCUCAUCAAACUCUCAAAGUGGAUGUUGGGGCUUAUCAGAGCCCCACUUAUACUGGAGACAUCACAUGCUGCGAGUGGAUUAAUCCCUGGAUGUACAAAGUAUAAAUGUAACCACUGACAAGUACAUGUUUUCAUUUUAUGUCUUCGUUUUAGAGGUCACAUUGUUAACAUUACGAAUGAUUGUGUUGACCAAGGUGGGAAAAUUUGCACUGAUUUUCUGAAUUCUUGCUGAACUGUAUAUUCUGGCCUGUGGCACCAAAGGCCAUACUACUUCUAUACUACUUGACAGUAUAAGGAUCACUGCCCAAGCACAAUGCAUUAGUGUUUGGUGCCAAAUUCAUAUGUAUGUUGGUGCUAAAUUUGUAAGCUUUAAGCUGGAAGCAUUACUUUAAAUAUUUAUUAAGAUUUCUUGUCUCUGAUGGAUUCAAAUGAAAUUAAAGUAUUUAAAUUUUGAAAUAUUGAAA